AUGGCCACAAAAGGAGCUUAUAAAAGACUGACAAAAGAAUACAUUGCUAUUCAGAAGAAUCCUCCACCAUUCAUCACUGCUAAACCGCUUGAAAGUAAUAUUCUAGAGUGGCAUUAUGUAAUUAGAGGACCACCUGAUACACCUUACGAAGGAGGGGAAUAUUAUGGUAGAAUUACCUUCCCUUCAGAAUAUCCUUUUAAACCACCUGCAAUUCGUAUGACAACUCCUUCUGGAAGAUUUCAACCAGAUACCCGACUUUGUUUAAGUAUGAGUGAUUUCCAUCCGAGUACUUGGAAUCCAAGUUGGUCCAUUGCUACUAUUUUAAACGGAUUACUAAGUUUCAUGGUUGGCGACGAAGCAACAACUGGUAGUAUCAAGACAAGUAAUAAUGAAAAGAAACUAUAUGCUGCUCGAUCCCAUUUAUGGAACAUUCGACAUUCAAAAUUUAGAGGUAUUUUGACCAUUUCAAUCUUUAUUGGGUUAGCACUAUGUUACUUGACUCGCACUAACUUUGGUUUUGAUUAG